AGAAUUUAUUGUGUGAACGGGCGGUAGCUAAUUAGGAAAUACCUCCUCGUCCCCUGUACCAACACGGAGGAACCGUGUCAGAGGAAAUUUGCUGCUUUUUGGCGUGCCGGAAAGUCCCUGCCCUAAAUAUUACGGCCAUCUUCUUUCAUUGCCAAGAAGAAGAAAUUUCAAGUACUUCCUGAGACAAGACCCCUGCUUCAAUAUUUCAAAGAAGAGAAUUGUUGAAAGUUGAAAAUGAGUUUUAAUGAGUUAAAACUAAAAAAGCAAGCCGCCCUUCUUGAGUUUAAUGGCUGAGGUAGCUAUGGGCGUCAUACCAACGCACUCCACCGCCCCUUUAAUACCUUUUGGACCCUUCAGAUACCUUUGGACCCUUCAGAUACCUUUGGACAGUAGUCCCCACACCCACCACAUCAAUGGCUCAGAAUACCCAAUUCUAAGCUAUCUUCUACACUGUCAUAUAUAUAUAUAUAUCUAUGUGUGUGUGUGAAGGUCAAGAUCCUCCCACAAAGAACUAGAGCUGAACAGCGAAGCUCUCAUCUAACUUUUUAAAUAAGCUAUAGCUUCUCUGCACAUUAACUCUUGAAGCCCGUUCCCUUUUUGCUCUCCUUCAUAAUUCAUCCAUCCAAGUUCAUCUUCUCUACAUACUCAAAUGGCCCAGAAGUUGGUGCUUAAGGUUCUGACCAUGACUGAUGAUAAGACGAGGCAGAAAGCCAUAGAAGCGGCAGCUGAUAUUUAUGGUGUGGAUUCAAUCGCAGCAGAGCUGAAGGACCAGAAACUAACAGUGAUAGGAGAUAUGGAUCCAGUGGCAAUAGUGAAGAAGCUGAAGAAGGUAGGGAAGGUGGAUAUCAUAUCAGUUGGACCAGCUAAAGAACCCAAGAAAGAGGAAAAGAAAGAGGAGAAGAAAGAGGAGAAGAAAGAAGCAAAGAAAGAAGAGAAGAAAUAGGAAAACCAUCCGCCAGGUUUUCCCGAAUACUCCACUAACAGUACGAUAUAAGAUUGUAGUUUUCAUAUGGACAAUUAAUCAGUAUUUCAAGAAAUCCAUCUUCCCCUCCCCCUGUAUCUUGUUUGGAUACCAAUCGAAAUAUAUUUUCCGAAUGUUAAUGAUAUUCCAUCAUAGCAUAUUUCCAGAAA